AUUACAAAAACACUCCGGUUACAUUAAUUUCCAUAUCUGGAAAUCUAAAUAGUUGCAUGUUUACCAAACUGUAAAAUGUGAAUGAAACCCCUUCGGGGGAUAGAUUUAUAUCAUCAUUAAUGUAUUAUACCUUUGAAUAUGUUGUCAUUAUUGUUAGAAUUUUUGUAUUAAUAAUUUACUAAUAAUUCAUUAACGUUUAUAUCACUGAUAUUAGAUCGGAUAGGCACAGUGCGAGCGUGAAUGUUUAUGGUUUGGACGAAUUUAUUUUAAAUAAAAAAGAACUAAAAACUAAGUUAAAAUGUUUAAAAGCUGGUUCAUAUUUGUUUGGAGCAUCUGGAAUAUUUGUUUGGAAAUAAGUAGAUGUGAUAUUGUAACACAAUAUGAGAAUAGUUCAACUUCGUCAAUAGCACCAACAACGUUUCCACCGUUGUUGACGUUAACGUCAUUCUUUGAAGAAGUAACUGCGCCAAUGCCUCAGCAUGAUUUGUUAAUGUUUAAUGCCAGAUUAGAGGACGUAGAAAAUUAUAUCAAGACUCAGAAUAGAGUACAUGAAUACCUAGCGGGCUUUAAAAACGAAUUUCAAAGAUUUGUUGUUGAAACCCAAAUGAAAUAUUGCCCAUACGUUAAACUCUGUGAUUUUGAAAUUAACGCAAAGACGGACCAGAAAAGUUGUUGUGAUUCGUGCUUAUGUGACAGCACGUGUGAUAGUGAGAAAGGUUGUUGUCCGAGUGCUUUGAACGAGACGAAGUUUGUAUAUGACAUUAACGAUACGGUUCUGUUGAACGGUAUAAAUAUGAUGCUUAAUCCGGAAAUAUCUAAAUCUGGAGGACUGACAAAACCAACUUGUAAUUUACGCCAUCUGACAAUUCGGCCUUCGUAUUUGCAAAAAGGAUUUCUGGCUGUUUCGGAUUGCCCCUUUCAGAGUGACCUUGAACUUGUAUACAAUUGCACAAGGCCAUACACGGAUGACCUUAGAAUCAAGGAUACCUUACCGGCUUAUAGUAACAUCAGCUUGUCUUUGUUCAGGAAUAAAUUCUGCGCCCUGUGUAACGGUGUGCUUGAAGAGGAUAUAAUGUACUUCCGUCCAGUAGUUUCCUGCGGUGAUAGGGAACAUCUUUCAACACACGUGACAUCAGAACAAGAACUCGUUGAGCUAAUAUUUUCAAAUGAAUCGUGUGAUUUGACAUACGCAUUUUACGACGAACGUGUUCAUAUAAAAGAAUGUAAAUAUUUUAUAUCCAAAUGUAACGUGACUGCGGAUUGGAAACAAUACGAUAUACGGCUUGAUCUGGCUUGUCAGUUGUAUGAAUCUAAGUUCACGCAUGAGAAUUACGUGUUCCGGAAUGUAUUUUGUGCAUUAUGUAAUGGAAUAAUUCCACAUUCGGUGACGUGUGACAUACACUAUAUUCUUGCCACGGAUGUUUUUGCCUUCUCAGGAUUAUUAAAUCUUGAUUUUGAUCAAGGUUUUACAACAACUUACCUUGCACAAAACAGGGAGAACCAGCGUUCAUCGUGCAGUACGGAGCAACUAUACGACGCUUUAACAAAUCGUUGUAAAGAUAUUUAUUGCCCGGGGAUGAGAGUACUGCGAGACGGACGCUGCAUUAACGCAUACACAGACGUGUUCGACGCUUUUAGCUACAUUCUAUACGUACGACUAAAACCACAGUCAACCCAGUCUGCUGGUGACGUAUUCGCAAAUGAUUCUGAUUGGUCGUUUAAUGUAAUGAAUGUAUUUCAAGCGAAUUUUUCAAAUCUUGAUAUAUGUGAGACACAGCUUUUAUUCAAGUUUGAUAUAGACUUUGAUAAAAUUACAUUACCCGCUUUGAUUCAAUCGAGACUUCAGUAUGUUGACGUAAGGUUAAGGUUGUUUGAAGAAAGCAGAGAGCCAUGGAGAGUGGCGGACGAUAUACUUAAGUUACAUAAUACAAAUCUGAGAAUAGUCAAUAACGAGAAUACAUCAAUCGAAUAUACUUUAUUUGUAAUGGACAGUGAUGUUCGAUUUUUUAACAUUGCUGAAAUGUUACUUGGAUCCAAUGGUUUACAUUCCGAAGUCAAAUCAUUUCCAACGCCCGAAAAAAGAAUCGGAAUCAUGUCCAAGUACGCCCUGACUGAUACAGAUGGUUUGACUUUACUGCCGUACACUUUUUUCCUUUCGCUCAAUCAUGGCUGUUAUAUGAAAUCAUAUGAGAUCGAUGUCAUACGCUUUUCUUCUUGCCCAAAGGUGAAUAUCUCAAAAGUAGAUAUUCCCUGGACGAAUGAUGUAGAUGGGUUGGAUUUCAAUACAUUAAAGAUACCAAGUAACACAUAUUACUAUAUAGACCAUUUAAAUAUCAUGAUCUGCACAGACAUGUUUCAGAAAAUCAUGCACCAUCUUACACCAGAAAGGACGUUGACCGCCGAAAUUAUAGUUUCUAUCACAUGCUCAUCUUUGUCUAUUCUUUCACUAUUUGUGACCUUUGUUGUAUAUUGUAUAAUACCCAAGCUAAGGACACCUCUGCCAGGUAAAAACAACGUGUCGUUAACUGUACACCUUUUGAUAGCCCAAACUUUGUUGCUUGUUGGAAGUCUUGGACCUUUUGAGCAAUAUUCCACCGGCUGCAAGGUUGUAGGAGUUCUUAUUCAUUUCAUCUGGUUGUGUACUAUAUUUUGGAUGAACGUCUGCACGUAUCACAUGUUUCGUGUUUUAGCUAAGACGCAUGCGUCAGUUACUGAUUAUGGAUCGAAGACUUUUACACUCUAUUUGUUCUAUGUUUACAUCAUGUCUGCAACCUUUGUACUCGCUAAUCUCAUUUCUUCCAUUGUAACCUCUGGUAACAUUGGAUACGGCGGGAAAUUCUGCUAUAUCACAUCGAGGGAAAAACUUAUGUUCACAUUUGUUUUACCAACGUUAGUCACAAUUGUUAUCAACAUUUCGAUGUUUUUGUCAGUCAUUCUAAAAAUCAGAAGAGCACCAAAUAUUCGUAAGCAUGUUAAUCACGAGCGCAAUGAGCUCGUCAUUUUUGCAAAGCUUUCCACUAUCACGGGACUGACUUGGAUAUUUGGUUUUCUCUACAUAUGGACUGGUGUCCUUACAUUUUCCUUCAUAUUUAUCAUUCUCAACGCAGGUCAAGGAAUCUUCAUUCUCUUUGCAUUCGUUAUAAAUCGCAAGGUCUUUACUUUGAUGAAAGAGAGGAUCAAACUUUCAAAACAGAGCGAUCAUCAAAAAACGUCGGACCUGAGUAAAAGGACCGACUCAUCAAAGCUUUGAACUGAAGAAAAAUAAAACAACAACAAAAAACAUGCUUAAAAUUUACUUACAAGAGCUGCCAGAAGGACAUCUUGCUCGACUAUUCUGAGUGCUUGGUUAUAAAACAAGCGCCUGGAUAAUGUAGAAUUUUCUAUUUUAACAGGCGCUUAUAGCUACAGUAUAAUAAAGCCUUUUGAUUUGUAAGAUGAAAUACCCGUAAUACACUAUGUGUAUAAUAUAGAAUUAAUAAUAACAGACGAUACUAAAAGGAUAAAGGAAGAAUCAUAAUUAUAUAGUCAUUAUACAUGUAGAUAUCAAAGGC